AUGAUUUUUUUUUAUUUUCUUUCAUUCUCCUUUUUAUUAUUUUCAUUCUUUCAUUCUCUUUCAUUUAUUUUUCCAUUAUUCAUUUUUAUUAUUUUAAUUCGUUCAUUCUCUUUCAUUUAUUUUUCGAUUAUUCCUUUUUAUUCUCUUCAUUCUUUCAUUCUCUUUCAUUUAUUUUUCCAUUAUUCAUUUUUAUUCUCUUCAUUCUUUCAUUCUCUUUCAUUUAUUUUUCCAUUUUUUCUUUUUAUUAUUUUCAUUCCUUCAUUCCGUUUCAUUUAUUUUUCCAUUAUUCAUUUUUCUUAUCUUUAUUCUCUAAUUUUCUUUCAUUUUUUUCUCCAUUCUUUCUCUUUCUUUCAAUCAUUAUCUUUGAUUUAUUCCUCUCUUUGUUCUCUUUCUUUCAUUCUCUAUAUCAUAUUUUCUUCUUCAUUCUAUUAUUCCAUCAUUCUUUUAUUCUUGACUUUAUUAUUUUCUUUCUUUCCUUCCUUCAUUGUAUCUUACAUUUAUUCCUCCCAUUACUUUGCUUUGAUUUUCUUUGAUAAUUUUCAUUCAUUCUCUUUCAUUAUUCCUCUCAAACAUCUUCUUCCAUGCCUUUACUAUUUUUCAUUAUUGAUUCAUUAUAAACUUGUUUUUUUUUCUUUCUUUCUUUCUUUCUUUCUUUCUUUCUUUCUUUCUUUCUUUCUUUCUUUCUUCUUGUUAUUUCAUUUUCUUUCCUUCUCACUGACUCUUUUCUUCUUUCUCAUUUUUCUGUAUUGUGUCUUUUCUCAUUUUCCCUUUCUUACGUAUGUCUUUCUUUUUCUAUCUCUCUCUCUCUCUCUCUCUCUCUUCUACUUUAUUUGUCUGAUUUCAUUUUCGCUUUCUCUCUUCUCUCUUUCUACUUCACUCGUUCGUUGGCAGCCAUUUUUUUUACUUUAA